AUGUCUGCAAACAGAAAAAACAACCCAGCUACGGAGAGCAAGGAGAAAACCCAUGAGGUCCUGAGUGAUGGGCAGCACUGUGGAGCCGAGCUCUCUGGGAAGGAGGAAACCGUGGCCUCAGGAGCCUCUCAGGAGUCAACGCAUGUCAAGGCGGAGACAGAAGAACCACACCCUGAGGGGGCAUCACAGGAGGACAGGGCUCCAGGAACACAGAGUUGGACGUCCCCAAGACCUGCCUGUAAGGACAAAGCCCUGCUCCUGCCUGGUGGAGCUCUCCCCUCAUCCUGGAUUCCUGUCCUUUCCCGAGGGGGAAAGACCAGAGAACGGCAGAUGGCAGCGGCACUGCUCACUGCCUGGUCCCAGAUGCCGGUGACCUUUGAGGAUGUGGCUCUGUAUCUCUCCCGGGAGGAGUGGGGAAGGCUGGACCACACACAGCAAAAUUUCUACAGGGAUGUCCUACAGGACAAAAAUGGGCUGGCUUUGGGAGCUGUGGAAAUGGUACCAACCCUCGCCGUGGCAACCCUAGAGGAUACGAAGCUCUCAAGGUCCAGGGCUAGGUGGACCCCGGGGAAAGACCCGCAGUGUGGUCAGCAAGUGCCUAGCGGCCCGAGUGCAAAGCUAGCCAGAGACACGGGGCAAGCUAGACAACCAAAGCCAGCCCGGCCCGACUCACAUCUUCUCCAGACUCCAGAGGACAGCGGCCCAGAAAAACCCAGUGAGGAAGAGAAGGGUGCCCUGGAAAGUGGCGAGGAGGGUCUGGUACCCGACGGCGACGCAGGCAAGAGGACGUACAAGUGCGAACAGUGCGGCAAGGGCUUCAGUUGGCACUCGCACCUGGUGACACACCGGCGCACGCACACGGGUGAGAAACCUUACACCUGCACGGACUGCGGCAAGCGCUUCGGCCGCAGCUCGCACCUCCUCCAGCAUCAGAUCAUCCACACCGGCGAGAAGCCCUACACCUGCCCCUCGUGCUGGAAGAGCUUCAGCCACCACUCCACGCUGAUCCAGCACCAGCGCAUCCACACGGGGGAGAAGCCCUACGUGUGCGACCGCUGCGCCAAGCGCUUCACCCGCCGCUCGGACCUAGUCACGCACCAGGGCACGCACACCGGCGCCAAGCCGCACAAGUGCCCUAUCUGCGGCAAGUGCUUCACGCAGAGCUCCGCCCUGGUCACGCACCAGCGCACCCACACCGGCGUCAAGCCCUACCCGUGCCCGGAGUGCGGCAAGUGCUUCAGCCAGCGCUCCAACCUCAUUGCGCAUAAUCGCACACACACGGGCGAGAAGCCCUAUCACUGCCUCGACUGUGGCAAGAGCUUCAGCCACAGCUCGCACCUCACCGCCCACCAGCGCACCCACCGCGGCGUGCGGCCCUACUCCUGCCCGCUUUGCGGCAAGAGCUUCAGCCGCCGCUCCAACCUUCACCGGCACGAGAAGAUCCACACCACUGGGCCCAAGGCGCUGGCAAUGCUCAUGCUCGGGGCGGCGGCAGCGGGGUCACUCACCGCACCCACACCUGCUCCCACUUAAGACGCGUGAGAGAGAGUGGUGAGAACACCCAGGGAG